AUGUCUGAUUACGAGGACGACAUGGACGUUGAUGCGCCUGCCGCAGACACAUCGAUUCAGUUCGGUGGAGACACGAAGAAGGGAAAGAGGAGCGCUGCAAACCUCCCGGUGGAGGCCGAAGAUUCUUUGCCUUGGGUAGAGAAGUACCGACCACAUUCGUUGGACGACGUCGAAGGCCACAAAGACAUCAUAGCUACGAUCAACAAGUUUGUAGACUCAAAUCGACUACCGCAUCUCCUUCUCUAUGGCCCUCCUGGUACCGGCAAAACAUCGACUGUCCUCGCUCUCGCACGGCGGAUAUACGGCGCCAGAAACAUGCGGCAAAUGGUGCUUGAACUGAACGCUUCCGAUGACAGAGGUAUCGACGUGGUCCGCGAGCAGAUAAAGACCUUCAGUAGCACGAAGCAAAUUUUUGCUGCUGCACCCAAAGCAGGCGAGGCUUCCUCACUCGCAACGUUCAAGCUGAUCAUCCUGGAUGAGGCCGACGCUAUGACAGCUACGGCACAAAUGGCACUACGACGAAUUAUGGAGAAGUACACAGCGAACACCCGAUUCUGCAUCAUUGCAAACUACACGCACAAGCUGUCACCAGCGCUACUCUCGCGAUGCACGCGGUUCCGAUUCUCACCGCUAAAAGAGGGCGAUAUCCGGAGUUUGGUAGACAAAGUCAUUGAAGAAGAGAAAGUCAACAUCACACAGGACGCAACCGACUCGCUUGUAACCCUAAGCAAGGGCGAUAUGCGACGUGCGCUAAACGUCCUACAAGCGUGCCACGCAUCGAGCACACCGCUACAACCACCCGGCAGGCCAGCGCCGGACCCAAACACCAUUGUGCGAGACCAGAUCACUCAAACUACAAUCUACGACUGCAUAGCUGCACCUCACCCCACUGACGUCACCUACAUCCUCAACAUGCUGCUAGAAACGGGCGACAUCACACAGUGUCUGAAGACGAUCAACACUAUUAAGGCGCAAAAGGGUCUUGCGUUGGCGGACAUUCUGACGGCAUUGAGCGAGGAGUUGGUGAAGAACGACGUACCCCCUCAGACGAUGGUAACCUGGAUGUCAGGUCUGGCGGAUAUCGAGUAUCGACUUAGCGGUGGUGGAAGCGAGACGAUCCAGACGGGUGCGACUAUUGGUGUCGUGAGGACAGGUGUAGAACUGUUAGCGCAUGGGAAAAAAUUGUAG